CGAUAAACUUUGGCAAAUUCUGACAAAUAAAUAAAAAAACUUUGGCAAACGACAAGUCGUGUUAACCCCCCCCGCUCGGUGGUCGUUCCUUUCACAACCUCGGUGACGCCGCUCGCCGCCGCCGAGCGGCCAUAUCCCCCUUCCUUUCCGGUGAAGUAGCCGGAAUCGCGCCCCGACCCGACGGAAUCCUCCGACUACUUGGAAGGGGCACAGCGAGCCGCCUCUCUAACCUCGGACGCGUCCGAGUCGGAGUCGAAGUCGGAAAGCCUCCAUCUUCAUCGGCAGCGUUGAAGAAGCAAGAGAUGCUGAAAUCCAAUCGGUUGAUCGGUCGAAGCUUUGCGAACAGAGCUUCGGCCCUGCGUCCUGGGGCGUUCGCACAUGGCGACCAGGAGCUCGUCGCCUCUCUGCCUCCGCAGCAUUUGGCCCGGAGGACCUCGGCUCGCUUCCUCGACAUUUACCAGAUGGGAAACAAGGCAGCGAUCGAGAAAGAACGUGCCCGGCUCGCGGAUGAGAUGAACAGAGGCUACUUUGCUGAUAUGUCGGAGCUUCGGAAGCAUGGUGGUAAGAUUGCAAUGGCAAAUAAAAUCAUAAUUCCAGCAAUGGCAGCUGUAAAGUUUCCCAUCAUCGAAGUCGAGCAAUCAGAUGGGCAAAGUUUCAAGCUGCCCAUCAGCUGCAGUGGCAAAAAAGUCAAUCAAAACAUGCCAUCUGUCCCUAAGGCUACUUUAUUAUGUCUGUCGUUCCGAGCAAGCUCCCAGGCAAUGAUCGAUUCUUGGGGUGUGCCUUUUCGAAAUGCUUUCUGUGAUAAAGAGGAUGUACAUCUUUAUGAGGUGUCCUUCAUUGAUUCAUGGUUAUUAUGUCGGAAACCAAUUAAGCAACUGCUUCUCCGGAUUAUGAGAAAACCCAAAAGCGAGGAUAAUCAAGGUCCACUCAGGAGGCAGAUUGUCUAUUCAUUUGGGGACCAUUACUACUUCAGGAAAGAACUCAAAAUAAUGAACCUCCUCACCGGGUACGUAUUCUUGCUCGACAAAUUUGGAAGGAUUAGAUGGCAAGGCUUUGGAGCAGCAACUCCAGAGGAGUUGCCCUCCCUUCUCUCCUGCACACCCCUCCUUUUGGAAGAAAAGUAAGGCACCCAAAAGUUCUUUUGCUGGAUUGCAUCUUUCUUUUUGCUGAACAUUUUUCCCCGAACCUGUUCGCAUUGAACUUGAGUUAGAUCAACACUUAAGUGGCGAAAGGAAACAGAUUUUGCAGUUUAACUUACAACCAUAGAUUUUUGGGGAGAUAGUUUGUGUUCUUGAAGAGAAAUAAAUCCAGGUUGCGAGUGGACCUCCAUGUCGACUGUGCAUCCCCCGCAUACUGUACUUAGCAUUAAUAAAUCCGCAGUCAUUUACUUC